AUGUCUGCUGAACUCGACCUCGACUCUAUCCUCCAGUUCACCAUCCAGCUGGCUCUCGAUGCCGGCAAGCUCAUCCGAGAAGGCCAAGAGAACCGCUUCGCCUCCGAGAGCACCCAUGAAGAUGAAAAGCUCAACAGUGUCGACCUUGUGACAGAGGUCGACAAGGCUGUUGAAAAGUUCAUUGUCGGCAAGAUCACCGAGGCCUAUCCGGACCACAAGUUUAUUGGAGAGGAGUCCUACGAUGGCCAAAAGAUCACCGAUGCGCCUACUUGGAUUGGUAACCCCAUUGAUGGUACUACCAACUUUGUUCAUGGCUUCCCCAUGGUCGCCACGUCUAUAGGUCUCGCUGUCAAGGGUAAACCCGUUGUCGGUGUCAUCUACAACCCCUUCCUCGACCAGCUCUGGUCCGCUGCUAAAGGCAUGGGCGCCUACUUGAACCAGAAGAGGAAGCUCCCUAUCACUGGUGCCCAGAAGCCCUUGCCUUCUUUGGGCCAGGCUUUGAUCGGGGUCGAGUAUGGCAUGUCUCGCUCUCCCCCCGCCCUUCCUCGAAAGGUCGCCGCCUUCCAGAAACUCACAGCGCACGCCGACCACGGAGGAAAGAUGGUCCACUCUCUCAGGAGUCUUGGUAGCGCUGCCCUCAACAUCGUGCUGGUCGCCAGUGGUGGUCUCGAUAUGUACUGGGAAGUCGGAUGCUGGUCUUGGGAUGUCUGUGCUGGUAUCUGUAUCUUGGAGGAGUCCGGUGGCCGAUGCUUCGGAGCCAAGACUACAGAGCACACCGGAGAGGUCGAUGCGGAGCUUAUGGGUAAGCAUCGUCCUGAUAUGACUCUUGUCACCACCUGUACCGAGUCGUCUCUUGACCAGCAAAAGAGGUUUAUCAACGAGUUCUACGACUGCCUCGAGGAUUUUGAGCCUUAA